CUUUUCUGUGAACAAUGGCUGGAAAAACAUGGGUGGGCUUAGGUCUCGCCCUUUACCCACUCCUGUUCAUUUCAGAGGAGAACAGCGUAUUGACACUCUUGGCUGCUACUCACUGGUCCUUGAGUUUAAUUUGGCUCUGAGGCUCUCCAGUGUCCUCUCUCCACCAUGAUCUUCCUACUGCUCUUCCCUGUCCUUGUCUUAGGUGAAAUUCAAUUACAAAGCAAUGUCUCAUCCAAUGUAACAUUUGAAGAUAAUGAACGUUUUCAGGAGCAGGAGCAUUUCCAUGUUUUUAGCCACUGCAAUGAGGACCUCCUGGGGAAAUACAGCUUAUUAAUAUGCUGGGAUCAGUUUCACUCUGAAAUGAAAGACAUCAACAAGGAACUCUGGUGUGAAUGGGACCAAGUCAUCAGACCAUACAAUGAGCUGACCAAAUGUAUCGAGAGCCUGACCACCUACUUAGGAUGCUACUUCCCGAACCAAGUGGUGCAAGACUUCUUCAUCCAGAUCCAUUCCAGCUUCUUCCAGGCAUGUCCGGAGGAGGAGGAGUUAUUUCCUGAUGCCCCCUCCGGUGUUGUGCUCACCCUUACCCUCAUUCCAGUCAGUCUCAUCCCCAUCCUGGUUUUCCUAGUGGUCUGGAAGAGCAAGAUCUGCGACUAAGUUGGAAAUGUUGAAUGUGUGCUGUUUGAAUGUGUCUUAGGUCCCUUCCUGAAACAGCCCCUAACAAUAAUUCCCUCUAUUUUCUUAUAAUGUGUUUAUUUUUUAAAUAUUUGAAUUGUAUGUAUAUUAACAUUGUUUCUAUUUGUAUACUUGUAAUGUUGCAAAAUACAUUUAUUUCUUUCUUUCACAAAAAAAUUAUCAUAAUUGUAUCUAUUCUGAAACAACCCCAUGUCAAUAUAUUUAUAUUGUAAUACAGUAUAAGGGCAAUAAGUACCUACAAUUAAUUUA